UCCCGGGGCUGGGCGAAGCUUUAAGGGCUGCGGCGGCGGCACGGAGCGGAGCCGGAGCGCAGCGGCACGGAACCCUCCCCCCCCCCCCCCACCAUGCCCCACUCGGUGGCCCUGCGCGGCCCCUCGCCAUGGGGCUUCCGUCUGGUGGGCGGCAAGGACUUCAGCACGCCGCUCACCAUCUCCAGGAUUAACCCUGGAAGUAAAGCAGCCCUGGCAAACCUGUGCCCAGGAGACAUUAUUCUGGCAAUUAACGGGGAGAGCACGGAAACCAUGACGCACCUGGAAGCACAAAACAAGAUCAAGGCGUGCACGGACCAGCUGCUGCUCUCCGUGAACAGAGCUGAAGGGAAGACCUGGUCACCCCCCGUGCUGGAAGAUGGGAAGGCGCAAGCUUACCGGAUCAACAUCGAGCCCGAGCCGCAGGAUAACGGCCCCGCGCUGAACAAGCGGCCGAUGCCCCACGCCACCGCCGGGAGCCCGGUGGACAGCAAGCAGAUGCUGAACCUGCAGUACAACAACCCCACCCGGCUCUACGCCAACAGCAGCGCCGACUCCGCUUUGCCAGCCCAGAUGAGCGGGCUCCACAUCGCUUCUUCCCAAAGCAUCGACCCCGUAAAGUCUCUCCCACGGAACAGAAAUGGGAUUGAUGUGGAGUCGGACGUCUACAAGAUGCUUCAGGAUUAUGAGAAGCCCGUCUCGGAGCCGAAGCAGUCAGGAUCCUUCCGAUACUUGCAGGGCAUGCUGGAGGCUGGGGAGAAUGGUGAAAAACUCGACAGACUGAGCAACCCCCGGAAUGUCAAGCCUGCAGUGCCGAAGCUCGGCGGUGCCAUGUCUGGGAUGCAGAUGCUCCCCGAGUGCACGAGAUGCGGGAACGGGAUCGUGGGAACCAUCGUCAAAGCUCGGGACAAGCUCUACCACCCCGAGUGCUUCAUGUGCGACGACUGUGGCCUCAACCUCAAGCAGAGGGGGUAUUUCUUCAUCGAGGAGCAGCUCUACUGCGAGACGCACGCCAAGGAAAGAGUUAAGCCCCCCGAGGGCUAUGACGUGGUGGCUGUUUAUCCGAACGCUAAAGUUGAACUCGUCUAAAUCCCGCUCUGCUCCGCAGAGGUCAGACGGCGCUCGCCCACCCACAUGCACGCCGCCGGCUUCGCAAUGUGGCUGUAAUCAACCCCGAUUACUAAAGCCCGAGUAAAAUGCCUUCUCGUAGAUAAAAGCGUUUACACUUGGGAUCUCGAGGGGAUGGUGUUGAAAGCGUAUGAACAGGUUUUUCCCUUCUCUUUGACACUCUGCUUUUUGGGUUGCUGUGCCGGGUUAUUAGUCUGUGCCAUAACCUUAUCCCAGAUCUGCAUAAAUAUUGAUUCAUUCCCUAGGUGUUUUUUUUCCCUAUAAAACUACUAUACCUCCCCCCCAUCCGAAAAAGCAAGGAAGAUGUCUUAAAAGCUCGAAGAACAUAAGGCACUUUACCAAAAGAAGCUGAUUCCUCUGUCGUGACUUCAGCCUCCUGCCCAUGGAUGACUGCUCUGUGCCACACC